AUGGCCUCGGUAGCAGCAUGGUUGCCGUUCGCCCGAGCGGCUGCUAUCGGCUGGGUGCCGAUCGCCACCCAUCCUUUACCUCCUCCGCCGAUACCAAAAGAUCGGCGCAAAGCUGAUGACGAAAAGCUGCUCAUUAACGUGAGUGGUCGUCGCUUUGAGACCUGGCGAAACACCUUGGAGAAAUAUCCGGACACCCUCCUAGGAUCAAAUGAGAGGGAGUUCUUCUAUGAUGAGGAAUGCAAGGAGUACUUCUUCGACCGGGAUCCGGACAUCUUCCGGCACAUCCUCAACUAUUAUAGGACAGGAAAGCUUCACUACCCGAAGCACGAGUGUCUGACGAGCUACGACGAAGAGCUAGCUUUCUUUGGCAUCCUUCCGGAUGUAAUAGGCGAUUGUUGUUAUGAAGACUAUAGAGACCGGAAACGAGAAAAUGCCGAGCGACUGAUGGAUGACAAGCUCAGCGAAAACGGCGAUCAGACCCUCCAGCAACUUACGGAUAUGAGAGAAAAGAUGUGGAGGGCUUUCCAGAAUCCUCAUAUUUCGACAGCAGCCCUCGUAUUUUAUUACGUGACGGGAUUUUUCAUCGCCGUGAGUGUUCUGGCGAACGUUGUUGAGACGGUCCCUUGUGGAAAUCGACCUGGACGAGCAGGGACCUUAUCAUGUGGGGAGAGAUAUAAGAUUGUAUUUUUCUGUUUGGACACAGCCUGUGUGAUGAUCUUCACAGCAGAAUACCUCCUGAGGUUGUUCGCAGCACCGAGUAGAUGUAAAUUUGCCAGAUCGGUCAUGUCAGUAAUAGAUGUAGUCGCCAUAUUGCCGUAUUACAUCGGCUUGGCCAUCACGGACAAUGAUGAUGUUUCGGGGGCUUUUGUUACCUUGAGAGUCUUCCGUGUGUUUCGAAUUUUCAAGUUCUCGCGUCACUCUCAGGGACUUAGGAUCCUGGGAUACACGCUCAAGUCGUGUGCUUCCGAACUCGGGUUUCUCGUUUUUUCCCUUGCAAUGGCCAUAAUCAUCUUCGCUACCGUCAUGUUCUAUGCAGAAAAGAACGUUGAAGGAACGAACUUUACAUCGAUACCGGCAGCUUUCUGGUAUACGAUCGUCACCAUGACCACGCUGGGAUACGGUGACAUGGUGCCAGAAACUAUCGCUGGAAAAGUCGUCGGAGGUGUUUGCUCUCUCAGUGGAGUGCUUGUGAUCGCUUUGCCGGUACCUGUUAUUGUCAGUAAUUUCAGUCGAAUUUAUCAUCAAAAUCAGCGAGCUGAUAAGAGAAAAGCACAAAGGAAAGCGAGACUGGCGAGAAUCAGAAUCGCGAAGGCUUCGAGUGGGGCGGCUUUCGUCAGCAAGAAGAAGGCAGCUGAAGCGAGAUUGGCUGCUCAGGAAAGCGGCCUGUCACUCGAUGAACAUUACAAGGAGGAGGAUAUCUUCGAGUUACAGCAUCAUCAUCUUCUUCGUUGUUUGGAGAAAACUACCGACAUUUUUCAACGCAGAUCUUUAAAGGACUCGCUCGUAAAACUACUGUACGGACAAGUCAAGCAAACACAAAACAACUUAAACUUGUACAUAGUCAAAAUAUAG